AUGCAAUACAUGUCCGUCGUCCUGCCGCUGGCCGCCAUGGUCAGCGGCGCCCUCGCCAACCCUACCUGGGGUGACAAGGCUGGUGCCUGCCAGAACAACGCCUGUCUCGCCGCUGUGACAGGCAAGGCUGCACUGGGUGAUGGCAAGAUCCGAGCCUCCCACUGCGCCAGCUACCUCGCCACGACGGUUACACCUAUCGUCACCGAGACCGUGACCAUCACCGGCAAGGGACACGAUAACUGGAAGCGCGCCACCGUCGCCCUCUGCCCCAACGAGGUCCCCAACUACGCUAGCGCCUGCGACGAUGCCGCGUAUACUAGCGCGUGCUCAUGCUUCGGCUACACCGAGAUCAAGACGACCACCGUGGCACCCACCACCACCACCAAGACCAUCUGGGUCAAGCCCACUGGCGGUGCUGAGUCCUGCUCCGCGUCUACCGUCACAACCACAUCCGUUGUUGUGUCUGGCUCAACCUGCCCUGCUGCUAGCACCACCACCUCUACCAAGGUGAUUGUGACCGGAACCACCGUAACCAAGACUGGAGGUGCCACCACUGUCACCGAGACCAAGACCGAGACCAAGACCGUCACCAAGGACUCGCCCAGCGCUACCUCAUCUGUGCCAGCCUCGUCUUGCAGGGUCGAUGAUGCUUUGGCCACCACGCUGGUCAACAACUUCGUUGACUUGCUUCAAUUCACUUCCUACGCUGGCGACCGGGGCCCACCUGGCCGCGGCUACCACCAGGAUGUCUCAGAUGCCACGCUGGCCACCGACUUCAUCGACAUCUCCGACUCGAUCAACUUCAUGGCUGGCUUCCCUCUUGGCUCUAUCACCUUCAACAGCAAGCAAGCCUUCGAUAUUGGCCAGGGUGUCAUGCAGCCUGAGGUCACGGUCAAGGUUCUCAACAUCUGGCACGACUGCAACACCGUCACCUUCAGAUGGAGAAUUGUCUCCCUUCCGUUCCCCGUCAACGGAAUCAACCACAUGGAGAUCAACAAGGAUGGCCUGGUCCAGAAGAACUAUGCUGAGUUUGACAACGGUGCUUGGCUCCAGUCCUUCGGCCAGAACUGCACGACCAACCAGGCUAACCCCCCUGUUACGGUGGCCCCGUCUGUCGCGUUGAAGGCUCGUGACCUUUUCUAA